AAGGUCGCAGCUUCUUUAUGACUCUGCCUGUCAUCAUAGGCGGGGUUUCAUUAUGCUGCCCUUAAAGGAAGUUCUCUGAAUCACGCUAGUGUCACUCAGGACCGACCAAACCGGAACAUCGGCGCAUUCCGAGGAGUUUCUGUUUACCUGUCCGUCAGGUGCGGAUCAUCCAGCGGCGCGGCUCACCGCGGGGCGCCAAGCGGCUCCAGGCCGUUUCCUCGGCAGCGAUGUGUGACUGUCUGAUGGCGUGUGUGCGGCGGCUCCUCCCGGAGAAACCGAACCACGGAGACGGGAAUAACAAGGUGGAUGCUGACGGUACGAGUCAGCCGGUCAGCCCGCCGCCGCCGCCGCCGCCGCCGGACAGGCCGGAGAGGCCGUCGGAAAACGCCAUCUACACCGGGAUCUGGCCGUUCGACGCGCGGCACCGGGACGAGCUGUCCUUCCAGGUGGGGGACCUGCUGGAGGUCAUGUGCUGCAACGGAGACUGGUGGACGGCCAGGAAGAUCGAGAAGAACGGGCGCAUCCUGGGCACCGGGAUAGUUCCGCACAACUACCUGGCCAGAGCGGAGUCCCUGCAGAUGCAGCCAUGGUUUUUCGGGACGAUGAGUCGCUUCGAAGCCCAAAACAUCCUAAUGGAGCCAGCAAACGAGGAAGCCUCUUUCCUGGUUCGGAAAAGCGAGAGGGACAGCAUCGGAUACGUUCUUUCAGUGAAAUCCGACAAUGCAGUCCGGCACUUUCGCAUCCUACAUAAAGAAGAGAGUUUUUAUGUGGAGCAGACUCAGAGGUUCAGUUCUCUGGCUGACCUGGUGAACUACUACUGCGAACACAGCCUCAACGACAUCGUCUCUCUGGGGAAUCCGUGCAACAAGAAAAAGCCAAACAUCGAAGAUAUCAACCACUUGCUGGAUGAUUGGGUUCUCCCGAAAAACGAGUUCACCAUCGAGAACCAACUGGGCAACGGCUGUUUUUCGCAGGUCUUCCGUGGUCGCUGGAAGAACCACAUCAACGUGGCCAUUAAGGUCUUGAAAAAUGACUCUGUAGACAACGCAGAGUUUCACAGGGAAGUUGAAAUCCUGAAGAGGCUUCACCAUCGUCACCUGAUCUCCCUGUUCGCCAUUUGCAUCGAAUCGUCGCCGUAUUACAUCAUCACCGAGCUGAUGGAGAAAGGCAGCCUGCUGCAGUUCCUCAGAGGGAAAGAAGGACAAAAUCAAGACACUGCAUCUCUGAUUGACAUGGCAACCCAGGUGGCUGAUGGGAUGUCGUACCUGGAAGAGCAGCAGAGCAUCCACAGAGACCUGGCAGCUCGAAAUGUUCUAGUAGGAGAAGACUACAUCUGCAAGGUGGCCGACUUUGGGCUGGCACGACUCGUCAAGGAGCCGUUUUACAUCUCGGAAGAGAAGAAGAUUCCCUAUAAAUGGUCGGCGCCUGAAGCCAUCAGCCACGGGAAGUUCUCCAUCAAGUCAGACGUUUGGUCUUUUGGGGUUUUGCUCUAUGAGAUCAUAACCUAUGGAAGUGUCCCUUACCCAGGCUUCAACAACCGUGAAGUUUACAACAAAGUCAAGAGCGGCUACCGGAUGGAAGCACCCAACAAAUGCCCCGGCUUCGUCCACAGCAUCAUGCUGAAAUGCUGGCAGGAGCAGCCAGGGGACAGGCCGACCUUCAAAGAUCUCAAGGACAUGCUGGAGAGAAGCUCCUAUGAGCUGGAGUCGCCACCAGGGGGCAGCAGGGAGCAGUGAUCUGCAUACAAACAUGGCCGCCGCUGUGACAGAGAAGUGAAAUACGGUAGUUUCACAGCCAAAACGGAGACUGGACGGGCCGCUUUUACAGCUUUAAAGACUCUUCACAUCAUCACAGCAAGAACAGAAUCUAAACCAGGGGUGUCCAAAGUACGGCCCGGGGGCCAUUUGUGGCCCUCAGAACAAUUUUGGGCAGCCCUUUAUUAUUCAAGACUACUCUAAAUUUGAAGUUUUUACUGAGGCCAGGUUGUUUAAAAAAGAUACAAUUAAAAUCUUAAAAUGGAAAUGUAAAGUCCAACACACAAGUCCAAGUUUUUGCUUUGAAUUGAAUGUAAUUUAUUAAUAACAGGUACAAAAGCAUCCAGUGGCUUUUACUCAAAUUCAGGCUUGGGACUGAAUUUUAGUAAACCUGGCAUAAACAAAACCAAAGACAUAAAAACAAAUAUAGGAAAAGAAUCUGAAAUAUGGUUUGUUGUUUUAAAUAUGGCAAACAUGCAAGAUCCUUUUUGAAACUGUAAUAAUUGUCAACAGAAAUCUGACAAUCA